AGCUACAUAAAUACGGUACGAGGAGUGAAUGGCUCAGUCUAUCUGCUCUGUGGACGUGAAGAUGUCGCGAGAAGAGAGAUCCCUGCAUUUCCUGAGAAAAUUUGUUAUCGACUGCUUUUUUAUAUGCGCACUAAUUGCGCUGGUAAUUGUAACGAGAGAUGUAUGGCAAGGAUUUGAACGUGGUUUUUUCUGCGGGGAUGAGAGCCUCAUGUACCCCUACAAAUCUGACACGGUAUCAACGGAAAUGCUGAGGCUGUAUGGUAUAGGCCUACCCGCUAUAGUGAUUCUAUUUUGCGAAUGGAUGUUACUUCGUAAAGAAGAUGACGAGCCAUGCUUCAAGUUUCCUCUGCCUUUGUGGAUGAGAGGAUUCUAUUGCGUGUUUGCCUGCUUCUCGUAUGGUAUGUGUUUUGUUGAACUGACAACAAAUGUCGCGAAGAACGUUAUCGGCAGACCUCGACCGCAUUUCUUUGAUCUUUGCCGUCCAAAUGUUAAUUGCAGCUUGUCACAGUGGCAACAUCGUUAUAUAGAGAGCCAUGAGUUCGAAUGCACUGGCAAUAAUUACACUGAAAAGUUCAAUGACAUGCACAUGUCCUUCCUAAGUGGUCACUCGUCAGCGUCAGCGUAUACUAUGAUAUAUUUAGCUCUCUACCUGGAAAAACGUAUGGUCUGGCGUAGCACUAGGAUCUUCCGUCAUGUCCUCCAGUUCUCAGCUGUCAUGCUAAGCUGGUUCACGGCCCUAUCACGUGUAACCGACUACAAACACCACUGGAGUGAUGUUCUCGCUGGAUACUUCACUGGUCUCACGUUCGCUGUUCUCGUUUGGACCUGGGGUACAGACCUCUUGCAGCCGAAGUGUAAGCACCAACUAGUUUCACAGCACGAGGUCUGUUCACAACAACAAAAAGCGGAAUCAGCAUAAAGUUCUAAAAUAUCGAACUCAUUUUCUGUUAUAAAUCCAUAAGAUGUCCGAACAGUUUACGUAAAAGAAGAAAAAAGAAAGAAAAAUCUUUAUUACACAUAUUUAGAUACCAAAAAAUUUGAAAAUGCAUUAACCACUACACAAAGAUUCAACAGUAGUCAACAACCUUCUCAGCCGUCUCUUCCAUUUGACUUAUUAAUGUUUUAGGUUCUUCACAUAAUACAUUCUAUCUAAGACCUACAAAUUAUAAUUAAACUACUGUUGCACAAGAAGAAUACUUUCGGUUUCGGACAGCAAGGGUUAUAAGUUUAAAAACAGUUUUAAAAAAUUCUAGCUUGAUCUUUAAGAUUCUUGUUUUUUUCUAAAUACAUGGAAGAUUUUAUAUAAAAUUUUCACCAAUAUCGGAUUUAAGCGGGCUUUAUUGACAGCAUUAAAGUAUUCAAAAACCAAUUAACCCUUCUUAAAAGAGCGUGUCAAAUCUUAUACGAUGGGCAACGCACUUGUGACAUAGCAAUGUAUACAUGGGUGGUAUCCCUGAACAUCAUGUGAGCCUAUUAACCGUCCUAUAAAAAAGUUUAAAAAAUCGCUCCUGACGUUAUUACUG